AUGGCUGUCUGCGAACAAUGGAUAGACGACUUCGAUGUCCAUGUCGGCAUCAACAAUAUAAUCGCAAAGGACACCUCCCCAAAGAUUACCUAUGAGCCACCGGAAUUGGCCAGGCAGAGUAUAACCGACAAGCUGAAACUGCAAUUCUGGCCACCUGCCAAACGGUUAUCUACUGCCUCUGCGAGCUCGAGAGGACGAACUCCAGAGUCCUCCAGUUCAGGAAGAUACAUAUACAUCGGUCCUAAUCGCGAUAGGUUGGCCGCUGGUUCUCGCGAGUCGCUGCUGACAGUAUCUACAAACCGGUAUUCAAAACCCAUGGAUUCACCUACGAUACCGGGAUAUUUCCCGAGCCGUGAGAGAGCUCAAACUGCCCUAGGGUUUUCCCGGCCAUCAUCCUCCAGAGCUCGCGAUCAUUCACCCCUGGGUUUCCCAGGUUUCUGCGAAAGGCGCACCAGACAAAUGGGAAGCAGCUGCAACACAUCCAGGGAGUCGCCGAGUCCACAUUCAACGGGAAGAAUUACUCCUUCAGGUAGCCAGUCGAUCAUGGCACAGCAUCAGCAACAACCUAGAGCCCGGCUGCAACGCAAGCGGAGUCCGACCAAGGCUGAAAUCGAGGGUAUCCCUCCCAAGGUGCCUCCAAAGACCGAACCUGCAGUGCCCAAGAAGGACAAAGUAAGCUCAUCGAGUUUCUUUGGUCGAGGUGCGCCCAGGAACAGAUACAUAGAAGCGGUCCAUUCAACUUCUGCCCCGGAUCUAACUCACCUACGAGGAGGUUCAACCUCAAAUUUGCUGCUGGAAAAGGAUCGGCCGGCAGACCAGCUAGCAGAACUACCACAAUUUUCCCAAAGAUACCAUGACAGACGACCAAAAUCAUUGAAGAUACUAGGGCUAGAUGCCACACGGCGACCAGAGAGCCCUACACCGGGCGAGAGCGAUGAUGUUCCGCAAGAGCUUGCCAUACGGGAGAAGCCGUCGAAGAAGAAACCUCGGGGGAGGGUAGGACUGGAGAAUAUUGAUAUUCCGGUCGGAAACCUACCGCCGGGGUAUUCUAUCCAAACAGCUUCUAUGCUGUUGACCCAUCAAGAAAUUGAGGAACUCCAAAGUCAGGCACGGCGAAGGGGCCAGAGAUUCGAAGUCCUCAAGUACAGCGAGGUAUCUUCUCUCACACAGGAAAUGCAUACACUUAAUAAACACUGCAAAUACCUUCGAGACACCCAUGUUGCUCUCCGAUCAGACAGACAGCGUCUGCACGGCAGAGUGAUAUCAUACCUCAAAUCCGCCAGCGGCGUCUCCAGCUUUUCACCCGAGGGCGUCCUCAAACAAGAAGAAGCACUGCUAGAAAUCGAUCAAUCAAUAGACGAAUGGGCGACCAAACUCGAAUACGCGGAAGAGCGACGAGCAAAGAUCCAGCAGAAACUAUUGGAACACAUGGUCGCCAUUCUUAACUUGCCACAACCUGCUCCAAAGGAGCCCUGUCACAGCCGAAGCAUAAGCGAUUAUACCAGCGUCAGCGAAAAGGAUAGCCGACGAAGUGACCUCGAAUCAAUCAUAAUAUACGCCGAUGCAGGACUCCAUCGAUCAAACACCGAUAAACCGUGGAUAUGA